AUGAAGAACAAUGUGAGCUGGUCCUUCAGUAGCUCCAUUAUUGACAUCUUCCUGGACAUCUUGCUGACUCCAGAACAGUCUCUGUGCACAUAUCCAGGGACAGAGUGCCAGAAUCCUCCCAGUGUCCCCUUCCAACGAAGCACGUCAGAGGCCACUGAUAACAACCCCGACAUCCUGCUAAAGUGCGAUCGUCACAAUCUAGCCAGGCUCAAUGACACACUUUGUGCUGACAUCCUCAAGGGCUCAAGAGUGGGAUCCUCUACAUCAGUGCCCACCUUUUGCCAGGCACUGAGCUCCCUCAGUCCCACCCAAAUGGAGAAGGUGUGGAGCAACAUGUGUUAUGCUAUUCAAGCACUGGUGUCCCCACUUCUCAGCCGGUCGUCUGACUGUGGUGUUGGGAACGCACAGCCUCCCCUGGCUGUCACUCCUGCAUUUGACACUCAACCCCUCCUUCGAGUAGCCAGAGAAGCCUCCAACCUCAAACAGCUCGCCUGUAACUACAACAGCUGGUUAGAAAACAAUGCAGUGGACGCUGUCCUCGUGUCACUGUGCAGUGAUAAUGAACGUGAGGAGUUUGUGAGGCAGGUGUGUAGCAAUGCUUUGUUGAUGCAAAAGCUGCUCUCGGAUAAGAUGAACAGCUGGCUGUAUGGAUACUGUGGCAACUCCUCUGCAGACCCUGGAUACAUGGUGAGCCAGUUCUGCAUCUAUGAGCAGUGGAUUGACCAGCCAUCAGUCCCCGUGGACCCUGCCUUACUGGAGUUCUGCAUGAGUCUGGACAGACCCAGACUGAUCAAACUCAUCUGUGAGCACACAGGUUUCUUCAUGCUUUUAUUCUCCAACCCUGAAAAUGUGCGGCUUAUGCCUAACUGUACAAACAUGCCCCUACCACCACCACUCCCUGACAUGAAUUCAUUUAUGUUAGACUCUUGUCGUUACUCAGAGUGGCAUGAUGUGAAACAAAUUACCAUUGAUGUUUUGUCCAAGUGCAUCCGCCUUGAUAACAGUGGUUUUACUCAAGCGGUUUGUUCCAACAAAACGUUUCUAAAUAUCCUGCUGCGCAACGCUGCAAAUGCCUGGCUUGAAGAUCACUGCAACACCUCUCUUAGCCUCAUACCCUCUGAGCCGACCCAGCCCUUCGACGUUGCAGGCUGGUGCGACUACCACACGUGGGGAGAACGGCAAGUGGACGAUUCAGUGGUUGGCCUCUGCUGGCAAUAUGAUCAGCUGGCUUUUCAGAAGAAUGUCUGCUGCAAAUCAUCUGUGUUUCAAAAGCUUUUACAAAACCCCCAGAACCAAUGGUUAACAUCGGUCUGCACCAACAUAGAUGAAAUAGAGGAAACAGCAGUGUUACCACAGGUAUGCAAGUACUCUGAGUGGACACGUCCCAUCAUUGUGGACAUGACUGAACUAGCUCUCUGCGCUGAGAUCGACCGCCUUAACUUCACCUCCAAAGUCUGCGCCAAUGAUACAGUCCUCCAGAACCUGUUGGCCAAUCAGGACAACACCUGGUUAAUACAGCACUGUGCUAACCAUUCAAAUCCAGGGAUAACUCCUGGAGGAAGUGGAGGACAAGAUGGAGGCCUGACUGGAUUCCACCCCGCAGAGCAGUGCCAGUACUCCAGCUGGAUCUUGUCUCUUCCAGACGCAGCACUCCUGACUCUAUGCUGGGAGCGUGACCAGGCCAAUUUUGUCUCCUCUAUCUGCCCUAAUGCUGGUCUUCUCUUUUUGCUGUCCCAUGAGCCGUCUAGUGCGUGGGUGGCCAGCAUGUGUAACACCUACACCAACUACACCACUGUCACCUCCACCACCAACAACAGCACCAGUGCAGAGUCUAAUUUUUGCCUGGCCAAAAGCCUGUUGAGGCAGUUCAACUGGACCUGCUCCGCUGACCUGACCUCAGCCUGCCAGCCUGGGGCCAGUCAGAAUAUGGCCCUGCAGAUGAUGGUGCGCUGCUGGGUGGAGAGUAUGGAGUCCAGGGUGAAGAAUCUGCUGACUCCACCUGUGGCCACUGUGUUGGAUCAAGCCGUCAGCACGACUGUGGUGAUCCUGUUGGCCCUGGAGGAGGUCCAGAACACCUCGCUGCAUGUCACUGAGAACAUCAGAGGGCACGUGUUAGCGUCUAUUGUUCGCUAUCUCGAGAGGGAAAGCAACUUUGACAAAAAGAGGGUCUUGCUGCAGUGCUUUGGGAGGGCCUUAACGAAAUUGAUGCAGACGGCCAGAGACCUGACCAGUGAUGAAUUCUUCGUCAUUAAGGAAUACUUUAGUAUACCACUGAGCAGCCUGAGGUCGGUGCUCAGUGCAGCUCACGUCACCACAGUCAGACUGAUUCUUCAGUACUACAGCAGAAACAAGGAUACACUGCAGUUGCCUGAUAAGUACCUGUCCACCAUGGUGUCAGUGCUGUUCCAGACCCACCUGGUAAAAGAUGAUAGUCUCUUCCCUGAGUUGGCUCCCCUGCUGGCUACAGCCUCCCCAGCUGACAUCCAAGCUUUGCCCUCACUGCAGAACAACGGCAAUGUGAGGGAGACCAUUAACAGAAACUUGUGGCAAAUGACUCCUGAUCAGCGAUGGGCAUUUGGCAUGUGGUACAGCAAAGCUAUGCCCCCCUCCAGCAUCACAGGAGGUCAUCAGUCGCUGAUCAGGGACACUGGAAACCUGAUCGCCUACCUGCCCUUCCACAACUUCCAACACCUCUCACCUGCUCAGCUAUUGGACGGGCUGGAAGUGUUGCAGAGAAACACCCUCACGCCUCUGAAACAGGAAUUCGUAGCUCACAGCAUCAUCAGCACCUACAGAAACCUGACAGCUCAGGAUUUUACCAGGCUGCGUAAUCUCUCAUGCCUGGCAGACCCAGCGGAUCUCCUUUUGUACAAAGACACUGAGAUCUUCAGUGUCAUCCGAGACAUCGUUAUGAACUGCACGCGUGAGCGACUCAGUCUGCCCAGCAAUCUGAUCUCCAGUUUGCUACUGAACAGCACAGAGUUAAAGGUCCCCUCCUUGCUCAGUCCUGUUCGACUGGCAGAGCUCGCCCCCCUCCUGCCCGCUCUGGGUGCGCCUUUCCUGCAGGGUCUCACGCCGUCGCAGCUGCUCGCUGUCCUGCCCGCCAUCAGCUCUGUUUCAUUCAGCCCUGCACAGGCUUCCAUAAUUGUAGACAAGAUGUCCUCAUCAAGUAACACUCUGACUGCUCCAGGCCAGCUGCAGGAGCUUGGUUCCCUCAUUAUGGGAAUGAAGACAGAAAACCUGUUGACUUUGACCUCUGACAGGCUGCUGUCAUCCCUGCCUGCCAUGGCUCAACACACACCUGGCCUCAGCCCACCACAAGCCAAUGCUGUCUCCACCAAACUAUGGGGCUUCCCAGAAGUGGUCAGUUGGUUGGAUGAUGUGGAGCCUCUGCUCUACUGCACGCCCCUGCUCAGCAUCCUGCCCAGGACUCGUCUGCUCGUGAACAACAUUUCCACUGCAUCCACAAAACCCUGGAACACACAGCAGGCAAAAGCAAUUUUCAAAGUGGUACUUGAUACUAAACCAAACUUAAUCAACCUAGAUUUCCUGAGUCUGGGAGCUGUGGGUCAGGGUGUGAGCUGCAAAGUCUUACAGGAACGUUUUCGGGUUGAUUCCUCACCUUCUUCAGUGAGAAGGAUCCUGACUUUCCUCAGGCGGCAGCCUGGUCCUCUUCACACCUCUCUGAAAACGUGUGUGAUCGAGGAGCUGUAUCAGUUUGAGUUCUUCUCUGAGCUGCUGAAAGACCUCGGAGCUGAGAUCGCCCUGUCCAUGCCGGUGAGCACCAUUAAGAAGUUUCCUACAGAUAUGAUGGACACCCUGAGGAGGUUGAUUAUUCAGGACCCUCAUCACUUUCUCUUGCUGUCUAGAACAAAACAGGAGCUGCUGGUGGACAAAAUGGUGCAGAGGAUGGGCAUGUACACAGGGUUGUUCACAGAGGAGGAAUUUCGUACUCUGGGCAUUAUGGCUCCAUUUGUGGUGGAUGAGGUUUUCAUUCAGCUGGACCGCAACUUCUUUACGGAGAACGUGGAUUUCCUCCAGGGGCUCUGCUACAGCAGCAGCAAGAUGGACAUCGUGGCUCGUAUCCUGCAAGAACCUGCCGUCUUCGGCCCAGCUAAGAACUGGAACCAGACAACCCUCAGCCAGGUGGACCGAUUUCUAUUCUUCCUGCCUGACGACAAGCUGCAAGAGAUUUCCCCUGCCUUGAUGACUGUUGGCCGUAUAGAGAAGUUGUUCAUGAGCCAGCGACAGUGGGAACGAGGGCAUGUGGGAAAACUCUGCUUAGACAAGAAUGAGAGGAAGAAGCUUUUUGAAAAGCAACAGCUUGUUCUUCAGUUUUUCCUGGGCUUCCUCAAAAUAAAUCUUGUGUCACCGACUCCCAUGGUUCCCACCUGUGAGAUCCUGCGUACAACAGCUCCCUCUGCCUGGACCUCUAACAGCCUUGCGAGCAUGUCUUCGUCCGCCUUCUCGAACUGUCUGGAGCUGAUUGGUCGUGACCCAUUCCUUGCAUCCUACCAGCGCAGCCAGAUGCUCAAGAAAGUCAAACAGAUAUACGGCCCAGUCGCGUCCUUUUCCCAGUCUGUGAUCUCUCAGCUGGGUGGAAUAGCGGUAGAGCUGUCGCUAGAGGAGCUGAGCAGCCUCCAACUGACUGAGCGAAGGAGCAUCGCCUCUAUGGGUGCCAUCAGUGCCUGGAGCAAUCGACAGCUUGCUGCACUGUUCACCUCCGUGUUAAACUCCACCAAGCAGAGUCCAAGUCAACUUGACUCCAGCAUACUCGUGGCAAUGGGAUACAUUGUGUGUGGAGCUAAAACCACAGAGAUGAAUUUGUUCAACGCCAUUGAGUUCAGUAAGGCGGUGCUCUGGCUGGGUCAGCUGAGGCUGUCCUGCUCAGAGGAGCAGCUGCUGGCUCUUGUCGGACUGUUGGCCCACAGUCUUGCUUUUGGACCCAUAAGUUCAUGGGGAACUGAUGUCUUCAUUGAGAUCGGAGUUCUGGCAGCUGGUCUCCCAGAUAUUGCGAUGUCAGCUUUGGUGAAAGAGCAGAUUGAAGGAAUCAAACCUCUGGCCAUCUCAAUGAUACCACCUAAUAAGUUUGCUGUGGUGUUUAACCAGAGGCAGAUCGGUAUGUUCUCCUACGAGCAGGCUGCAGCAGUAACUGAAGAGCAGCUCGCCGCUCUGUCUGAUGUGCAGAGGACGGCUCUGGCUAUGGUGCUGACACCGUGGGAGGACAGGCCUGUAGACUUCAGAGGGAAGUCACUGGGGUUGGCACUGAGCCACAGUCCUCUGUGUCUCAUACUGGGACUGCUGACACUGCUGAUCGUCCUGCCCUGUCCCGCUCUGAUCUGCCCUGGCACAUGACCCUACUCACCCCCUGCUGGAUCAGGAGACAACUCCUCACCCACCCGCAUAACCAAGAUGGUCUAAUUUAUUUGUACAAUACCAUACCUCUUUAAAAUAAGUAGCACUUCAGGAUUUCUAUAAUACUAUAUUAGAUGAGUUUGUAAAUUCUUUCUUGCAACCAUCACUGAUAUAUCAACAUUCAGCACUAAAAGAACCAAAUAAAUAGUAUAAUUCAGUGGAGAAGUAACAACAGAGCAUUAACAUGUAUCAAGUCUAACCAACACCCACAGAAUUAUUUUCAUUGCACUCAGCUUAUUUAUUUUUUGAUAAACCCGUAUGAAUCCUUAUUGUCCCGAUAUACCCCUCUCAGGGAUGUGACGCCAUACCCAGCGAUUCAACCCAAACACUUAAAUAAUAAAUUAAAUAUAGUUGUUAUACAGUUGUUACAAGCACAUUUAAAGUGUUGUAAACCUAAAAAGCUAUAUAUUUAUUUUUGUGAGUAUUUUUGUCAUUGUAAGACCUGUAAUGUUUGCUAGAUGUAUAUAUAUCUAUUGUGAGUUAUCUUGAUCAGCUAAUAUAUACAUAAUGUUCAUGUAGGACCUGAUUAGUUUUAGAAUUGAUUAAUGUUGGUCAAAUUCGGUCUAUUUUUUGCUGUGAGUUUUGUAUUGUUGUGCACACUUUCUGGUGUAUAAUCCUAAAUUAGUAAACUGAACCAAUC